UUUAAAACUAUAAACCAUUUAGGGAUUUGAGGAGGUGUUAGUCUCCGCCCAUGUAUAUAUAUAUUUUCUCUCCCAAGAAAUCUCCAAAUUGAUACAUACAUAUACAUAUAGAGAGAGAAAAUCAAGAGAGAGAGAUGCAAGAGGAGGGUGUGGGAAGCAUGAUGGGCGGUAAUAUGGUCGCCGCCGCCGGAGGAGGGCUGAGCGAUGUCUCUCCGGCGGUCUCCGGCGAGUUGCACCACCAGGUGAAGGCGGAGAUGGCGGCGCACCCUUUGUACGAGCAGCUACUAUUGGCCCACGUGGCGUGCCUGCGCGUGGCCACGCCGAUCGAUCAGCUGCCGUUGAUCGACGCGCAGCUCGCUCAGUCGCACAACAUCAUCCGCUCCUACGCCGCCGCCGCCGCCGCCGCGCCGCCGAUGUCGCCGCCGGAAAGGCAAGACCUAGACAACUUCCUGGCACAGUAUUUGGUAGUUCUGUGGUCGUUGAGAGACCAGCUGCAGCAACACGUCAGAGUCCACGCUGUCGAGGCUGUCAUGGCCUGCCGUGAAAUCGAACACAAUUUACACUCUCUCACAGGAGCGACGCUAGGUGAAGGAAGUGGAGCGACUAUGUCGGAUGACGAGGAUGAGAUACAAAUAGACUUCUCCUUGGAUCAAUCGGGCGUCGAUGGUCAUGACAUCAUGGGAUUCGGACCAUUGAUCCCGACAGAAUCGGAGAGGACUUUAAUGGAGAGAGUGAGACAAGAACUUAAACUCGAGCUCAAACAGGGUUUCAAGUCAAGAAUCGAAGAUGUAAGAGAGGAAAUUCUUCGGAAAAGAAGAGCCGGGAAGUUACCCGGCGACACGACAACGGUGUUGAAGAAUUGGUGGCAACAACAUUCUAAGUGGCCGUACCCGACGGAAGAUGAUAAGGCGAAGCUUGUCGAGCAAACGGGGCUGCAGCUGAAGCAAAUAAACAACUGGUUCAUAAACCAACGCAAGCGCAAUUGGCACAGCAAUUCCCAGUCGGCGACAUCUCUAAAGUCCAAACGCAAGCGAUAAAUAAUUAGAGAGAUCUAUUGAAUGUGUACGUUAGGUUAACUUGAAGAUCAUGAUGAUCUAAAUCGAAAUAGAUUUAAUUUUUGGUGUGAAACUAAUGGCUCGAUCGGGUUUAAGUUUUAGCGCGACGAAAUGAAUGCAUGAAUGAAUUAAUGUGUGUAUAUAUAUAUAUGAAUGUUCGUGUAGAAAACCUCUUGGUUGAUCUAAUUUGUGUUGUUUUUGAAAAUUUGUGCAAUUAUG